CAAUCAGAAGCCCGAGGAAACUCAAGCCAUCCGCACACAACUGUUUUGCAUUUUUGGGAAUACAAGAAGAGGAGAACCACACUGUCCAGAGACAUGGCAGAAGUACCGAGGAUCGCCCUCCUGUCCCUGACCAUCAUCCUGCUCUCUGGUUAUGCGCUGGGCGCAUCCGUAUCCGGAUCCGCCGGAAGUGGGAGUGCUCAAGGACUGGGCCAGCAGAUCGGCGAGUGCCGGGAGCGCUGCUACCGCCAGUCCAUGCCGGCGAUCACGCCGCCCCUCCUCUGCCGGUCCCGGCCGGAGUGCUACAUGUGCCACGACUACUGCCGCGUCCUUGUCGUCGUGCAGCGGAGUCUGGCCAGCUCCAUGUGCGCAGACCGGGAGUUCUGCACCCGGGGCUGUCGGGUGGCCUGCUCGUACCACCGCCUGCGGAUAUUCCUCGCAGUCCAACAGGACGCCAGUGCCAAUGCGGUGCUCAGGAAGUGAAGAGGAGUGUCCCUGUGCUCCCAUACCUGUAAAUAGUUAUCUGUAGGAAUAAGUUAGCACCUAUCAUAA